CUUUACUUUUGUUUUUCACAAUUUGUGUUGCUGCAUCCACAGAUCCAGACUGUUCUUUCUCCAAAUUAAAAACAAAUUCAAAACGAUUUAAAGAAUAUUCCGUUAAAACAAAAUUUGACCGUUAGGCCCUAGAGGCGUCUGAAAAAAGACGGAGAUAAACUCUAUCAACAGUUGUGUUAAAGCUAAAUCACCCGGCAGCUUAAAUGUUUUACGGUUGAUCGUUGUUUUCCUUCCAAUCUCAGUGUUGGACCCUGUGUAUAUGGUAACGGCAUCCUCUCAUCACAGAGGACUCUCCUGGCGCAGACACCGUGCACCAACCGGACCCGGAGGGCUGGCAGCUGAGUGACAAGGCGGCGACCUGUCUCCGGGAAGAGAGGCCGGUGGGGACAGGAGGGGACAUGAUGGGCAGAAGGUAAGGCCCUGGGUCAGAUGCCACGGCCAUGCCUGCGCUCCCCACAUCGGCCACCAGGUGGCGCCGCCUGCCUGUGUCAUGAAGGAAAGGCCAGUCUUGUCCAGGGGACACCCAGCCUUGGUCCUCACCCUGGACAGUGCAUGCGUCCUGAGUGGGUUCAUGAAGAGAACAGCAGCCCACGUGGACAUUGGGCUCUGGGGGACAGUUUGUCCACUGAGCGGCCAGCGGCUGCCACAGGGUCGCCUGUGACUGUGUGGUCACCUCUCUUUGAACCUUAAUUUGCUGUGAUGCCAAUUCCCUCCACGCAGGGACCCGAUGAUCCCUCCGCCUGCCAAGGGCGGCACGGUGACCUUCAGGGUGACCUCCAGGGCUGCUCACGGAGCUGUUAGCCCAUGAUGGCCACGUGUGGCCCAGUUACACGCUGCCAGGACUCUGAGCCAGGACGCUUGGUUAUUCCGGGACCCGUGGGGGGGGGGGCGAUGCUGGCUUUUUACUUGUUCGUUAGCAUAGUGUCCGAGGCAGAAGUCCAGCCCCCAGGGACCCACAGACGCAGAAGAGCCGACACCAUCUCCGUGAGCAGAGGGCACGAGGCUGGCACCGAUGGGUCCCUGGUCCUGAGGCCGGCACAGGGCUCAGUGGGAGUGACCCCGACACGCAGAGCCGCCCUCCACUCGCUGACGGGUGGUGACGAGCCUAAGGGUCAUCUCACCGCCUUGGCUCCUCUGCAGACACCAGAGGGGAGGCCGGUGGACGUGGCCGAGACGACAGAGGGGAGGCCGGUGGACGUGGCCGAGACGACAGAGGGGAGGCCGGUGGACGUGGCCGAGACGACAGAGGGGAGGCCGGUGGACGUGGCCGAGACGACAGAGGGGAGGCCGGUGGACGUGGCCGAGACGACAGAGGGGAGGCCGGUGGACGUGGCCGAGACGACAGAGGGGAGGCCGGUGGACGUGGCCGAGACGACAGAGGGGAGGCCGGUGGACGUGGCCGAGACGACAGAGGGGAGGCCGGUGGACGUGGCCGAGACGACAGAGGGGAGGCCGGUGGACGUGGCCGAGACGACAGAGGGGAGGCCGGUGGACGUGGCCGAGACGACAGAGGGGAGGCCGGUGGACGUGGCCGAGACGACAGAGGGGAGGCCGGUGGACGUGGCCGAGACGACAGAGGGGAGGCCGGUGGACGUGGCCGAGACGACAGAGGGGAGGCCGGUGGACGUGGCCGAGACGACAGAGGGGAGGCCGGUGGACGUGGCCGAGACGACAGAGGGGAGGCCGGUGGACGUGGCCGAGACGACAGAGGGGAGGCCGGUGGACGUGGCCGAGACGACAGAGGGGAGGCCGGUGGACGUGGCCGAGACGACAGAGGGGAGGCCGGUGGACGUGGCCGAGACGACAGAGGGGAGGCCGGUGGACGUGGCCGAGACGACAGAGGGGAGGCCGGUGGACGUGGCCGAGACGACAGAGGGGAGGCCGGUGGACGUGGCCGAGACGACAGAGGGGAGGCCGGUGGACGUGGCCGAGACGACAGAGGGGAGGCCGGUGGACGUGACCGAGGCGACAGAGGGGAGGUCGGUGGACAUGGCCGAGACGACGGAGGGGAGGCCGGUGGACGUGGCUGAGACGACAGAGGGGAGGCCGGUGAACGUGGCCGAGACGACAGAGGGGAGGUCGGUGGACGUGGCCGAGACGACAAAGGGAGGCCGGUGGACGUGGCCGAGACGACAGAGGGGAGGCCGGUGAACGUGGCCGAGUUGUCCUCAUCG